AUGGAAGCCUAUGUUAUGCAUAAGGUGACAUCUCUGCUGCCAUCGGCAGCACUCGCAGAGAAGAAAUGGCCACACAUUGACUCCUUGCGUCUGGCUGAUCCUCAGUUUAAGACGCCAAAAAAGAUGGAUGUUAUUCUUGGAGCAGAGUACGCUCUGGCCAUUACUCUUCCCCAGAUAUUGAAGGGCAGCGAGGGGGAACCUAUCGCUCAACCCACUAUCUUUGGCUGGAUAGUGGGAGGAAAGGUCUCUGGAGAAGUGAAGUCUUUUACUUCUCUUCAUACACAAUGUGACCUGAAUGAGACGCUCAAGCGAUUCUCGGAAGUAGAAACUAUCAUGCCAAAGCAACCGCAUCUCACCGAGGAGGAGCAGCUGUGUGAAACACAUUUUGCUGAGACACAUACUCGAGACAGGUCAGGCCGAUAUGUGGUAAAAUUGCCAUUCAAGCCUUCUCAUGAAGACUUGGGUGACUCAACAACAACAGCCAUGGCUCGUCUGCAGGCCAUGGAAAGGCGCUUCGCAAGGAAUCCAGUGCUUCAGCAAGGAUACAAACAAUUUAUGGAUGAAUAUCUGGCUUUGGAUCACAUGGAACUCGUUCAACCGGACGAGCUUGAGCAGCCAAACAGCAUGAAGUAUGUACUGCCCCAUCAGGCAGUCAUACGACCAACAAGUGAAACUACAAAGCUCAGGGUAGUGUUCGACGCAUCCGCGGCGACUCGACCAAACAAACCAUCUCUGAAUGAAGUUCUAGCUGUAGGACCACCCCUACAAGAUGACCUGCUGGUUCUACUUCAAAGGUUCAGGACUCAUCAAGUGGCUCUAUCAGCAGAUGUAGAAAAAAUGUACAGACAAGUUCUUGUGUCAGAAGCUGAUAGAGACUUCCAGAGAGUCUUCUGGAGGCAAGCACCAACGGAGAAAAUUCAAACCCAUCGUCUCAAGACCGUGACCUAUGGAACAUCGUGUGCUCCAUAUCUCGCAAAGAAGGUUCUUCAACAAAUUGCUCACGACUACAGGAGUGAGUUUCCGGAAGCAUCACAAGCUAUUCUGCCCAGUUUCUACAUGGAUGACUUGUUGUGCGGCGCAGCCACUGUUGAAGAAGGAAAGAAACUGAGACGAGAGAUUCAAGAGGUUCUCAACCGAGGACAUUUUUCCCUCCGGAAGUGGUCUUCGAACUCAGAGGAAAUCCUGGAAGAAAUACCAUCAGACAUGAUAGCCAUUACACCUGACGAAAUCCGAACUCAGUCAAAAUCCAUUUCAGCUCUUGGAUUGAAAUGGAACCCAGGGAAUGACACAUUUUCGUUAAUGAUUGACACUCCACCACCAGUUACCACAAAGAGGGAGUUCAGCUCUGGAGUGGCCAAAACAUUUGACCCUUAG